CGCUGCACUCCCGGGGCGGAGCCGACCCGGGGACGUGCGGGGACGUGCGGGGCCUCACGCCCGGGCCUCUGCAGCGCCGCGGCCCUUCGCCGCUUCCCGCCGCCCAGCGACUUCCCAGCGGUGCCGAUGAGUCUCUUCCACUUCACCGCAAGAAGGUUGGUUUCCCGAGCGUCUUGUGGCCUUAAGGCUUCGUCGCCAAAGAAACAGCAGCUUUGCUUGGAAAUGGCACGUCCUAGCUCAAAUAUGGCUGAUUUCCGGGAGGUGUUUGCCAAAGCAAAGCAUAUAGCCAUUAUCACGGGAGCCGGCGUUAGUGCGGAGAGUGGCGUUCCUACCUUCAGAGGGGCUGGAGGUUUCUGGAGAAAGUGGCAAGCCCAGGAGCUGGCUACGCCCACGGCAUUUGCACGGAACCCUUCCCGCGUGUGGGAAUUCUACCAUUACCGCCGGGAAUUGAUGCUGAGCAAACACCCCAACCCCGCGCACGUGGCCAUCGCAGAGUGCGAGCGGCGGCUGAGCAAGCAGGGAAGGAGCGUCGUGGUCAUCACGCAGAACAUCGACGAGCUGCACAGGAAGGCAGGCACCAAGCACCUCCUAGAAAUUCACGGUAGUUUAUUUAAAACUCGAUGCACCAACUGUGGAAACGUGGCUGCAAAUUACAAGAGUCCAAUAUGCCCUGCCCUGGCUGGGAAAGGGGCUCCAGAUCCUGCAACAGAAGACGCCAUGAUCCCAGUUGAAGACCUUCCUCAGUGUGAGGAGGAGGGCUGCAACGGGCUGCUCCGUCCCCACGUCGUGUGGUUCGGGGAAGUCCUGGAUCCUGACGUUCUCACAGAGGUUGAGAAGGAGCUUGAGAUCUGUGACCUCUGCUUGGUAGUGGGGACGUCCUCCGUGGUGUACCCUGCGGCCCUGUUUGCCCCCCAGGUGUCGGCCAGAGGCGUGCCGGUGGCGGAGUUCAACACGGAAGCCACUCCUGCCACCAGCAGGUUCAGGUUCCACUUCCCGGGACCCUGCGGAACCACGCUGCCGCCGGCGCUGGCCCGACACCAGACCGAGAUCAUCUCCUGAGCGCGGCGGGGGCGGCGGGAAUUGCCCGCCCCGUCCCCGGCAGCCCCGGCAGGCAAUAAACGGGGGGCGGCGGGGCCCGAACCCGCGACCCGCCCGGCCGCCCCCGGCACCGCA